CUUUUGCCUCAUCCCUCCUCUUACGCCUCCGCCUUCCAAAGCCGACGAGAGAGAGAGAGAGAGAGAGGCACGGAGGAAGAAGAAGGUAAUUGGGGGAUUAGGGUUGGGGGUGUACCUUUUUGCCUCUUCCUCUCGUCUCUCUCUCCUAUCAAUCUCCAUGGACACCGGGUCCGAUCUUCAUCUCAUUUAGCAAUCCGAUCCGUUCUCCAUCUAAUUGUUUUUUUCUUAAUCGGCGCGGUAUAUAUGGCUUCUAACGCCCGAUCGGACCAAGCCGAAGAGCUGAUCUUGGGAACCGCCAAUCUGUCGUUUGCCAACCGCGGAUGCUGCUGCUUCUGGGUGCCCUGGUCCGGCUCCAAGUCCUGGGAACGGAUAGCGCCGGCGGGGGAUCGGGCCGAGGAGGCAGUGGCCACCAAGGGGCGAUGGUGGUGGACGACGGGAUGGAAGGCAUUGACGAAGGUGAGAGAGUGGUCCGAGAUUUUGGCCGGCCCACGCUGGAAGACCUUCAUCCGACGGGUCGGCCGCUACGCCCGCCGCGGCGGUAGCGGCGGCGGGAUGCCGAGGAGCAGGUUCGGGUACGACCCUCUCAGCUACGCCCUCAACUUUGACGAUGGAAUGGACAGCGAAACCGACGAAGACGUCGUCCACCGGGGAUUCUCUGUCCGGUACGUCGCCCCGCCGUCGUCGACCAAGUCGUCAAUGGAUCUCGGUGGGCGAGAUGCGCCGCCGUUCUUUGUCGAACCCCCUGCAACCAGUUGACGUGUAGAUUAUUCAUGGAGGAUCAUACGUUCGUUUUGUCGAGUGGUGAUUUGUCUGUUCGUUUGUUUUUUGGGGAAUUUUUUGAGAAAGAAAUAUAAAAUUCCUAUCCUUCAUUUUCUUUCUUUUAUGUUUAUUUUCGUUUUUCGGUUUGGAAUUGAAAUUGUAAUUCUUGGCAAGGAAAAGCAUGUACAGGUAACGCUGGAUAUAUAACGCUUACAGCUUUUUAUUUUUUUUUUAGGACAAUUCAGGAAGAGAGGCCUUUUCAAUAGAGAGAGAGUGUGUGUGUAAUAAUCUAGGAUCUCAAAAAAAAAAAAAAAAUUGGUAAAAAAAUAUUUUUUAGAUUUUUUAAUUUUAUAUAAGUACUUAAAAAAUUUUGUGGUGAAUAACUAAUAUAGACUAAAUACACAUCCAUAUGAAUCCUCAAAAAAAGCUACACAAUCUAAAUUCUAAGCUAUAAACUUCUCAUAAGAUCAAUGCGUUUCUGAUAGGAUGCUUGUGAAAUGUUCAAAAGGCUAUUCGCAAGAAGAGACAUUUCUUGACCAUUUUUUUUGGAAAUUCUUCCACACUUGUUCAGAGUAUGAGACAUGAGAUAUUCCAUUUUUAAAUAGAUAAAAGAGUUAUUAAUGAUUGAAGAUAUAUGCACAGCAUGAAAAAUAGCAUAAAUUCAGCUAAGAGGAACUUGAAUCCAAGAAGGUAAAUUACAAAAACCUUUAUACGGAGAAAAAAAUUAAAUUUCAAUAUUGUCAUAAAAUUGUAAACGUAGAGAAAUUAUCCAUCAAAAGAAUAAGAAGAGACUAUUUAGCUCUGCCUGAAAGUUUCAGAUUCUUAGACAAUGGCCAUUAAUUGACAUUGUAAAACAACAACAUAUUGCUGCAACAAAAGAUAUUGCAAUUCCCUCUGUUGCAAUUACGUUGGCAUUGCACUAGAUGAUUGAAACACCACACAGGAUGCGUAAUUCAUACUUCAACCAUGUUCCAGAACCCAUUAACUAACGUAUGACAGAUUAUGGAAUCUAAAACAACAGCCAGGCUCUUAGAAUUUGCCUUUGUAAAUGAUGUGGCGAAAUUUUGAAGUAAACAAGAAAAGGGAAGGUUUUGGCACAUCAGCAACUCCUAGAAAAAACUGAUGGGACUAUGAAGAGUGCCAGAAUCUGAUACAAAUUUGCGAAGGUUUGCAUUAUAAUGACAAUCUGUCCUAUUUUUCAACAUCUUUAUUGAAAGGGUGGGAUCUGGAAGAGGAAAGCGUAAGUUGACAACGUGGUAGCGUAAUGGAUUAAGAAGCACCAAAUUCUCCAAAGAGUACAUGAAACAAUUGGAGAAACUUCUGACAUUACUACAAAUCAAAGUACAGAUAUAAGCAUAUAAGCACGUCUUUAACAGACCAACAAUAAAAUGCAGACUUACCAGAAGAUAGAUAACAAGAACUGUAUCGUCGAGAGUAUAGAAGUUGUUUGACAUUACUCCAUGCAAGAUAUAUAUAUCAGCCAACUCAUGAAGUCAUGCUGUAAACAUAAGAUGGAGAGCUAGCUACACCUUAGAAAGCAGACAUGUGAGACACACUUUGCCUGUUGAAUAUCUUGAUAAAUUAAUUCAGUAGAUUGUUCAUAAUCUCCAUUCUUUAAUUUUGAAUUUAUCAGGCUGAAGCCGAAUAUAUUCUUAGAUUUGUCUUGGAAGCUCUACAAAGUAAAUCAUUCAGCAAAGCAAACUUUAAUGAAAGUAAAAUAUCAAGCAAUAUAAUCUUGCACUUUAUCUUGUUGGAGCGAACUAUCAGUUUGGCCAGCAGUUACUGAAAGAAUCAGACCAAUUGGGCUGACCUGGACCAAAGUCGGCACGCCCAGACGGCUUUGGUCCAAAUUAAAAAAAAAAAAAAAAAAAAAAAAAAA